AUGGACGAGCGCUUCAACAGGUGGCUGCUGCCGCCGCUGCUGGCGCUGCUCUUCCUGCUCAUCGUCUACCAGUACGUGUCGCCCGCCUGCCCCGGCGCCGCCUGCCCCCGCCGCCCGCCCGUCUCGGCCCCCGCCGCCCGCCGCGAGGAGCAGCCGGCGGAGCGGGACGAAGAGGAGGCGGCGGCCGCCGUGCCGCGGCUGGAGCCCAAGUUCCCGUUCGCGCGGGGGGAGCUGUGCCGGAGGGUGCGCUUCGACAUGCGGGGCCGCGACGUGAUCGUCUUCCUGCACAUCCAGAAGACGGGCGGCACCACCUUCGGGCGGCACCUGGUGCGCAACAUCCGUCUGGAGCAACCCUGCUACUGCCGCGCCGGGCAGAAGAAGUGCGCCUGCCACCGCCCGGGCGGCGAUAAGGACACCUGGCUCUUCUCCCGCUUCUCUACAGGCUGGAGCUGCGGGCUGCACGCCGACUGGACCGAGCUCACCAGCUGCGUGCCCGCCGCCAUGGAGCGCCGCGGCUGCGCCGGCAACCGCACGCUCAGGAACUUCUAUUACAUCACAAUGCUGAGGGAUCCAGUAUCACGAUACUUGAGUGAAUGGAAGCAUGUCCAGAGGGGUGCAACGUGGAAAACUUCCCUUCAUAUGUGUGAUGGAAGAAGCCCAACACCAGACGAGCUACCAACCUGUUAUGAAGGAGAUGACUGGUCUGGAGUCAGUUUACGGGAGUUCAUGGACUGUAGCUACAACUUAGCCAACAACCGCCAGGUGCGCAUGCUGGCAGAUCUCAGCCUGGUGGGAUGCUACAACUUGACUUUUAUGAACGAGACUGAGAGAAACGUGAUUCUUCUCCAAAGCGCCAAGAACAAUCUGAAAAAUAUGGCCUUCUUUGGGCUUACGGAAUUUCAGAGGAAAACACAGUAUCUCUUUGAGAGGACAUUCAACCUGAAAUUCAUUUCCCCAUUCACCCAAUUCAACGUCACACGGGCCUCCAAUGUGGACAUCGGAGAGGAUGUGCGGCAACGGAUAGAGGAGCUGAACUUCUUGGACAUGCAGCUUUAUGACUACGCCAAGGACCUGUUCUUGCAGCGCUUUCAGUACUCCAAGCAAGAGGAGCAUCAGCUGAACCGCCUAAAGAGGCGAGAGGAGCGGAGACUGCUGCGGGAGCAGAGAGCUCACCAGUGGCCAAGGGAAGAGGCGGCAGAAGUAGCUGUUACUGAAGAUUACAACAGCCAGGUUGCACGGUGGUAACACUCCUCCAUCUUGCCUAACCCAUGGGAGGAUCAAAGAGGCUGAUUCUUUGUGCAGUUCAGCUGCCUGGAAGUCGGCCAAGGAAAGCCACCCACCAUGGUAAAUGAUACAGCAUCUGACAGCUAACCUUCCUUGUCUCAGUUUUUCUUGCUUUCUGUCAGUAAGAAGAAUAUAUUUUUUUUUCUCCGUGUACUUUAAUUAGUGUUAUUAAUCGCAGUAGAAGAGAUUCCUAUCCAAACAGACUUCCUUCAAAACCCUAAGCUGUGAGAAUGGGUUGAAGAGAGGGCUGUGUCUAUGGCAUUAACAGACGUACCCUCUACAAUCUGAGCUACCAAAACUUGUGCAGACAUGAAUCAAAAUUGGAAAAAAAAAAUUUUUGUUUUGAUUCCUCUGUGUUGUGAGAGCUGGUUUAUUUCAUAUUGUCCUUUGCAAUUGUAGUGUGUAGUUUCCUAGUGAAUGAAAUGGAGGUAAACAUAUUGCCCUUCAAACUUCUACAUGCUGGGUUUUGAUUAAGGAAAGAAUUUGCUGAGGUGAUUAAAAAAGACAUAGGAAAUGUGGGAUUGGUGUAGUGCUUGUUCUUUUCUGUAAACCUGCAGAGAUCAGAGGUCAGAGAUCAUUUGUAAGCAAAUUGAUGGGGGGUUAGUUUAUUUCUCUGCAGAUGUUAAGGGUAUCAGACUCAGCCAGGUAGCAGCCAUCUUUUGAAGUGUGUGCGGCAAAGGGAAAGCUGGAAUGCAAAAACUGGGAAAUGAGGACCUUGCUGCAGCUGGCCACACACUGCCAACAUUAUCUGGCUGUAGGCAAUGAAAUCAGCCUUCACAUUCACAGAAGGUGAAGAGGGGCUAAGUGAACUACAGGAGAGAGGAAAGACAGAGCAGGAGAAGCUUGAAUAUUAGUGGGACAUUUUCUACAUUUGCUGCAAAAGCCUGGAGAUGUAUUGUCUGUGAAGACAGGCAGGUUUAUGAUAUUGUCUGUUAAAAUACAUUAAUGCCAAGUGAGCACAAUUUGGUUUUCUCUCUAACUAUGGUAGUAGCUACAAAAAAAAACCCUCAGCUUUUGUUUUUAUAGAUACAUAGUAGAUAUUUGGGAAGGCUUGAUAUUCAUUAUUCUGUAUGAAGAUUCUUUGUAAAUUAGUUGUUUUCAUGAAGAGAGGUCUGUAUCUGGUUUUAUUCCUUGUCCACAAAAAGAUUCAGUGGAUUCUUUGUCCACACAUUACAUUCUUAACUGCACCUAUUUAUUCUGAUCUUUUUUUCUUGAUUCUAUUUGUAAUAGUGGAACUUUGAAAAGAGGGUCCUGUGCAUCAGAGAUCUUUUGAGGGAGUU